GCCGCAAAGUGGUUGGCGCAUAGAUUUUUAAAGUUUUUUAACUUGUUUUAACUCUUGCGCAUCUCUAGCGCGUCCAGAAAAAUAAGGAUUAAGAUCUCCUUUUCCUUUGUUCAAGCGAUUAGUUUGGUAGUUUAGUUAUAAGUAUUUAAUACAUUACAAUAGAGUUCAAAUAAAGUUGAGAUUUCCUGGCCGAGGGCUUUCAAACAAGGAUUCUAUUCAAGAAAAUGCGGCUAGAAGCAAUUCCUUCUGUGAUAAACGACACAGGGCAGUCUGAUCUAAACCAGAACCCAUCAAAUGUGGAUCGACAGACAGAAAUAGACACUGUACCCCGAGUCACUGACAAUGUUGGAAAAACUAAUGAAAAAGCAGAGAAAAGUAAGAUGGUUGUGGAGGAUGGCUCAUUUAAACAGGAACCUUUAGGCACGGAGUCCUGUCACAAUACCCACGACUCUCUCUUUGAUGUGAUCAAGGAUGAGAAUAGUCUACAAAAGGAGCAUCAGAGUGGCUGCCAUGUUGAUACUCCUGCUACAACAGAUGUCAGUGUUGGAGAUGUGUCCCUAGCACAUAAUAUGAAUAUUCACAUUAAACCUGAACCUUCUCAAGCUGAAGUGAGUUUGCCUGUAGACCAUGAUCUCACGCUGGAUGCUAUUUCGGCAAAGGAAAAUACGAUGGAAGACUCAAAGAUGAAUGAAGGCUUUUCAGUAAAGCAAAACCGCUUCAACCCAAGAAUACAACAAAGAUUGAUUAAAUGGACAGCUGCUGUCAAACGCAAGAUGGACAGAGAAGACAGUGCGCAGGGUGGCUCUCCCACUGAUGAUACAUUCUUCGCUUGCGACAAUUGCCAGUACAAGACUGUCUACAAAAGAGCCUUAGCGAUACACAUGAAGAGUCACACCGACAUAAAACCCUUUGCAUGUAACUUUUGCGACUACAAAUGUUCCACAGCCACUCAUCUAAAAUCCCACAUGAGUACCCACCCUAAUUAUAAACCAUUCACUUGCAAGGAAUGUAACAUGGAAUUUACAUGUGCGAGUUAUUUAAAACAACAUGCACCAAUUCACUCUGAUGAUAUACUCUUCAGUUGCGAUCAAUGCUCGUACAAAACAACUAAAAAAGGCUACAUCUUAAGGCAUAUAAAGUUUCACACCAAACCCCUCUUCUAUUGCGACCAUUGUUCAUAUAAAAAUUUUAGCAAAUGUAACUUGGAGAGACACAUGCGAAUCCAUACGGGUAGAAAACCUUUUAGUUGUAAGCUUUGCAACUACAAGGGUAGAUUAGCUGUCAGUGUAAGGUCUCAUAUGACGACUCACACUGGUGAGAAACCAUGGUCGUGCAAGUACUGUUCAUACAAGUGUACGACAUCAAGUUAUCUGAAAACCCACAUGACAACUCACACUGGUUCUAGAGAUUACGUUUGCGAGAUCUGUAACAGUAAGUUUUCUAGAGCAAACUCUUUAAAAAUCCACAUUAAAAAGCUUCACACUCAUCUAAAACUCUUCCAUUGUGAUCAUUGCAAGUAUAAAACAACAAAGAAAGGUCUCAUCAGGAGACAUAUGACACGACACACUGUCAAACCAAUUUUCUAUUGUGACUUCUGCUCGUAUAAAGAUUUAGACAAAGGUCGCUUAGAGCGUCACAUUCGCAUUCACACUGGUGAAAAACCUUACAGUUGUAAGCUCUGCGACUACAAGGGAGCGUUACCGAACAGUCUAAAAUCUCACAUGAAGACUCACACUGGUGAGAAACCAUGGUCAUGCAAGUACUGCGAUUACAAGUGUUCGCAAUUGUCUGCUCUAAAAACCCACAUGAUGAUUCACACUGGAGAAAAACCUUUCGCAUGUAAAUAUUGCCCCUACAAGUGUACUACAGGAGGCCCUUUAAAGAUCCACAUGAGGACUCACACCGGUGAGAAACCAUAUUCGUGUAAAUACUGUGACUAUAAAUGUUCUGUAGCGUGUUCUUUGAAAACUCAUUUGAGGUCUCACUCGGGUGAAAAGCCUUAUCGGUGUGAACAUUGUCCGUUCAGAACUUCGACACCGGGCGCUCUUAAGACUCACACGAGGACUCACACAGGUGAAAAACCUUACAGUUGUAAAUUCUGUGACUACAAGUGUUCACAAAACGUUCACUUAAAAGCCCACACAAGAAUUCACACUGGAUUCAAACCGUUUGCUUGUAAGCAUUGCGACUAUAAAAGUUCAACAUCGAGCGGUCUAAAAAUCCAUAUGGUGACUCACAGUACCGAUAAACCGUUUUAUUGUAAACACUGUACCUUUAAAUGCGCCUUAGCAGCCAAUCUAAAGAUACACAUGAGAACUCACACUGGUGAGCAACCGUUUUCCUGCAAUUUAUGCGACUACAAAAGUGCAACAUCGGGUCAAUUGAAAAGCCACACGCUUACACACACCGGUGAAAAACCUUAUCAUUGUGACCACUGUAACCAUAAAAGUUCGCACAAAAGCAGUCUUAAAACGCACUUGAGGACUCACACUGGUGAAAGACCGUAUAGUUGUAAGCUCUGUCACUACACAUGUCUGCAAGCGAGUUACCUAGUGACACACAUGCAAACUCAUACAAAGGAGAAGCCUUUUUCCUGUACUCUUUGUAACUACAAGUGUGCGCGGAACACUACUCUGACAAUCCAUAUGAGAACCCACACAGGCGAAAAACCUCACUCUUGUGAGCUUUGUGAUUACAAAGGUUCUACAAAAAGCGCUGUGAAAGCCCACAUGGUAACUCACUCGAGUGAAAAACCAUUUUCCUGUGAGCAUUGCGACUAUAAAUGUUCCACAUCAACUGGUCUAAAAUCUCACACGACUACUCAUACCGGUCUUAAACCCCACACUUGCAAGGUGUGUAACACUAAAUUUACUAGACCUUACUCUCUAAAACUUCACAUGAGGACACACACUAAUGAUAAACCGUACUGUUGCGACCAUUGCGACUACAAAUCUUACCAAUUGGGUAAUUUAAGGAGCCACAUACGGACUCACACUGGUGAAAAACCUUUUAGCUGUAAUCAUUGUAACUUUAGAAGUGCUACAGGCGGCGAAUUAAAGGUCCACAGGAGAACUCACACUACGGGCAAGCACAAGCCUUUUGCCUGUAAGCUCUGUGACUAUAAAUGUAGGACCACAAAAACACUGAAUAAUCACAUGAGAAUUCAUACUGACGGAAAACCAUUUUUCUGUAACCUGUGUGAUUAUAAAUCUGCUCAAGCAAGGGAUUUGAAAACCCACAUGAAGAGCCACACUGGUUAGACACCAAUGAUAUCGACGGGUUUGUAGCUAGGAUGAUAUCGACGGGUUUGUAGCUAGGAUGAUAUCGACGGGUUUGUAGCUAGGAUGAUAUCGACGGGUUUGUAGCUAGGAUGAUAUCGACGGGUUUGUAGCUAGGAUGAUAUCGACGGGUUUGUAGCUAGGAUGAUAUCGACGGGUUUGUAGCUAGGAUGAUAUCGACGGGUUUGUAGCUAGGAUGAUAUCGACGGGUUUGUAGCUAGGGUAGGCAUUUAGGUAGGAACCUAUUCAAUGGCAUCAUAUUCUUCAUUCUGGGAGUCGUGAUCUCUUUCAUCCAAAUAUCCAUACUUCCAUACUAUUAAUACUAUAAAUGCGAAAGUGUGUCUGUCUGUCUGCUACGUUUUUACGGCCAAACCGCUGAACCGAUUUUAAUGUAAUUUGGUACAGACUUGGGGUACAUCCCGGGAAAGGACAUAGGCUACUUUUUAUCCCGGAAAAUCAAAAAGUUCCUACGGGAUUAAAAAAAUCCAAAUAAGAUAACUACGAUGUGUGAUAUAUGAAAGGACUUUACCUAUACAUUUUAAAAUAGAUUUUUAUUUAUUUUUAUGCGUAAUAGUUUUUGAUUUAUUGUGCAAAAUGUCGGAAAAAUGCCCGAGUACGGAACCCUCGGUGCGCGGCUCUGACUCGCACUUGAUCGGUUUUUAUUGCAUUAGCGAACUUUUUAAUUUUACUGUAUUAACUAAUUAUUAAGAAUGUUAAUCUACUUACUUAGUAAUAAGUGUUUCUGUUUACUUAAGAUAAUUUUAAAUAUAUACAUUUAAAAAAAUUACUGUUUUAUUACAGGCCAAGAGGCGCAAAUAUGAAAACCUAUGAGAGCUUUAUAUUUGUGCCUUUUGACGUGGAGACCUUGGACUCGUGGAGACCUUGGGGUCGUGGAGACCUUGGGGUCGUGGGGUCCGGGGGCUCGAGCUCUUUUUGAGGAAAUUUCGAAAAGGGUUAUCGAGUCAACCGGAGAUCCGAGAGCUGGCAGCUACCUUGG